AUGGGGACUGUCGAAGAAACUCUGAAUUGUCCAGCAUGCCAAGAUGUCCUCACGGACCCUGUACAGCUGCCGUGCAGACAUAACUUCUGUCUGACUUGCAUCCGGGCUGUUUGUGAGAAGGGUCCUCUCUUUUGUCCAGAGUGUCAGAUCCUGCUCCCAUCCAACUUCACGCUGGAGAUCAACGCAAGCCUUCAAAGCAAAUUGAAGGACUGCGUUAUCCAAUCGUCAAAAAAAACAUCUUCGACCGUCGUCCACUGCGACCACUGCAUAGAGACACCAUCAGAAGCCAUUAGGACUUGCCUGACCUGUGACGCCUCGCUUUGCCAGGCUCACGCUUUGCUGCACCAGCAGCGAUCUGCACUGAGGGAGCACACAGUGGUGGAGGUGACCCAGGAUUUAUUGUCUUUAAAGUGCAAGGAGCACCGUGACGAGCUCAAACUCUUUUGCUUGGAGGAAAGAGUCCCUGUUUGCUGUUUGUGCGUCCUUGUUGGCGCGCACAAGAACCACAAAGCUGUCCAGCUGCAUGACGCCUGCACAGACUUAAAGAGCAUGUUGGAAACAACUGUCAAUGAAUUGCUGCAAAUGAGAUGUGAAGCAGAAAACGCCAUCAAAGACUUGGAGUUCAUGUACACACAAACAGUGAUGUCUGCGGCGGAUUUCAGAGAGAGACUCACAGACAAGUACAACAGGAUCCGGGUUGUGUUGGAUGGCGACGAGCGGCUAAUGAUGCAGAUCAUAGACGCAGAAGAGAAUUGUACAACUGAGUGGCUGGAAGCUCAGAGAGCAACGAUGGAGGCUCAUAUCAAUGACAUAGACAAGCUCAGAGUUUCCAGCAAUGAACCCCCAAAGUUAGCUCCCGUUCAGCAAAUAGAUAAAGAGCUGUGUGAACCUGACAAGCUGCGAACAAUCGAGAAGCUGGUGGAUGACCUGUCUGUGGCUCUGUCUCAGCACUUUCCCCGAAUGUGGUCCUAUCUUUGUUGCCCUGUUCUAGACCUGAAAACAGCCCAUCCGAAACUGGAGAUUUCCCAUGAUGGGAGAGAAGUGUGCUGGAGGGUGCAACCUGACACUGACGCUCCAACCACUCCGCCAUAUGAUUCCCAAUACAGCGUCCUGGCUAAAAAGAGCUUCACUACUGGCCAACACUACUGGGAGGUCAUUGUGCAAGAGAAACCCUAUUGGCUGAUAGGCGUCACCACUGGGCCAGUCAAUGAAGACCAUGGUCCAAGUUCAAAGCCUCCUGUUGUGGGUGUGAACAAAACUUCCUGGUGCAUAUACCAUGGAGAGGGACAGUAUCUGGCAUGCCAUGAUACCCAGGAGAAACAGCUGCAAGUUGGGAAGAAAGUCAAAAAGUUGGGAAUUCUGGCAAAUAUCCAGAAGGGGGAGCUGUCGUUCUACAAUGCAGACAGCAUGACCCUGCUUCACUCUUUCUGUGUGGAGUGCAAAGAGCCUCUCUUCCCAAUGUUUAACCCUUGCAUUGAUGUCAAUGGAUUGAACCGGCAACCAUUUACUAUGUUCUGGAUUAAGGACCCGUGGGAUUGGGGUGUUAGCACAGAUAGAGGUGAAGUGUGA